AUGAAUGUAAGUCACAUUUUAGCUUAGAAAUUGCUUCUGAUUGCUUAGUAAAUGUUUCCUUGUAGAAAAUACUUACUAAAUUAACAGUUGACAACGUUGUAGAUCGAAAAGCACAUCCGGACCAAUUACUUUUUCCUCGGCGACUUUCUCCAUCUCCGAAAGAUGGAGUACCUAUGGCCAAUCUCGACGCACCCCUUCCUCUACGUAUCUCAUGCCUUGGCCGCGUACAUUGUCUCUCGGGAACUGUAAGACAACCUUUAUUCAAACCAAUUUUUAGAGUUUUAUCCGAGGGAUACGGUAAUCUCACAAAACGAUUGCUGAUUAUUUCUUCCGCCGGCUUUUUAUGGACAAGGUUACAACAAAGACUCUCCGAAUUCCAUCUAAUUGUAUUGGUUCUGAGUUACUUUCAUUAUCUAAUAUCUCUUUCAAUUGCUACGGGAGUAUGUGUAAUAUCGGACAAGAUACGACAUGGAAAGACAAAGGUGGAAUAA